AUGAUAAACCAAAUCAACCCGAGCCUUCCUCUAUUACUCGAGAAGAAAUCAGUUGAGCUUGUUAAACCUUCAAAACACACUCCUUCUGGAAAUCUCUUCCUUUCUAGCUUAGACAACAACCCUCUCGACGAAAUUAGGCAUGCAAUCGUUUACGUUUUCGAAGCAAAUGAAAAGAAUCAGAAUGAUCCGGUCUCUUUGCUAAGGAAGGCUUUGUCUGAACUUCUUGUGUAUUACUAUCCACUUUCAGGCAGGCUAGUGAGACGGAAAAGUGAUCGAAGGUUUCAGCUGGUUUGUAAUAGUGAGGGAGUCCAUUUUGUGGUCGCUGAAGCAGCUCCUGAUCUUCGCUCUCUAAACUAUAUAGAAAACUUUGUUGAUGAAGUUGCAUUAAAGCUUGUGCCUGAGUUCGAGCCUAACUACGAAAAUGAGAUGGCUUGUCAUCCUCUCGCUAUGCAGGUAACCAAAUUUCCUUGCGGUGGAUUCACCAUUGGCACAGCAAUGUUACACGCGGUUUGCGAUGGGUUCGGUGCGGCUAGGUUCAUUCAUUCUCUCACCGAGUUCGCCAGAGGAAAGACCGAGCCAUCAGUACUGCCCGUAUGGCAGAGAGAGCGGCUAGUUAGGAUAACAGACAAUGAACCAGCUAGAGUUCCCUGCGGUGUCGGUUCUAGAGGGAAUCUUUUGGCCACUUCACCAUAUAUGCCCACUAGUGAUUUGGUUACAGAGAUAAUAAGCAUCAAGGCUGAGAAUAUAAAAAUGCUUAAAGAUACUUUGGGUAGGGAAUGCGAAUUCCCAAACGAGAGUUACACUACUUAUGAAAUUCUUAGUGGGUGCUUAUGGAAAUCAAGAUCUCGAGCACUAAACCUAGAUCUUGACAAGAUCACUGUCCUUGGCAUAAUUGUGGGAUUCCGACAUGUCCUUGAUCCGCCACUCCCCGAGGGUUACUACGGCAACUCAGUCAUAGACGUGUACAUGGAGUUAACCGCAAGAGAGCUACAAGAAUCAUCCAUCUCUGACAUUGUAAAACUCGUGAAGAGAGCCAAGAAAAAAGCUUAUGACAAGAGGUAUAUCGAGGAGGAGAUAAUAAACACGGAGAGAAUGAUUAAUGAGGAUACGAAAUACCACGAGAGAAUCGAUGGAUCAUUGUUCAUGACCGAUAUGAGACAUAUUGGGUUUUUGGGAUCGAUGGAUUUUGGUUGGAACGAGCCUGUGAAUAUGAGGGGUCUGAUGUUCCAAGAAAGCAGCAACUUGGGGAUGAUCUUAGGACCGUCGAAACAGGAUCCAUCUACAGAAGGUGGGGUUAGAGUGGUAAUGACAUUGCCGAGAGAUGCAAUGGUUAAGUUCAAGCAAGAAAUGUAUGCUAUGAUGCAUCUUCGUCCUCGCUUUUGA